AUGUGCACUGAGUAUUACACCAGUGUAUGCCCAGCUUGCGGGAAAGACUACCUGGUCUAUGUCGAGUUCUGCAAGGCGUUCCGCCCGUCGCUGGUGAGCUGCCCCAACGGCAUGGGCAUGUCCCGCAUCGCCAUGGAACAAGGAGGCUGCCCGAGCCGCAUUUGUCCCAACAGCCCCGGAGGCGGGUGUGUAUUGAUGUGA